AUGGAAACCGAUACUCCAGACAACUCAUUGCAGCCGGAUUCUCUCACAAAGCUCCUUCUUUCUAUUCAAGAGCAAGGAAAGCAGACCAAUAACAAACUGGAUGUAAUGGACUCAAAUCUACAAGAAAUAAAAAGGGACAACCAUGUAUUAAAAACGGAUUUGAAGAUCUGCAAAAGAAAAUAUGAUUGCUUAACUGAGGAAAAUAGGGUGCUAACCGAGAGAUUACCCUGCUGGAAUGAUAAAAUGUAUAAAAAGCAUUACACAGAUGCGGAGAAAAAACUUUUCCUUGAAAUUCUUAAAGGAUUUUCGCACAUUGUUGAAAAUCGCAAAAACGAUGGUUCCACCAUGAAAGCUAAGGAGGUUGCGUGGGGUGAAAUCGAAGAAACAUACAAUGGCUCAGUACAUAUUGCAGAGCAGAGGUCGAUUAAACAAUUGAAAAAAAUGUGGAGCAACAUGAAGGCGCAACAGAGAAAUGCUUUGACUCAGGAAAGGCAGGAUGUAAUGGCAACGGGAAACCUUGAUGUUCCAAUAAAAGUUGCUGAAGUGAAUCCAGAGAUAGCAGCAAUAGUUCCUGAUUUAAUGACCACUGCGCCAUCACUUUUUUCUUCAAACUUCUCAGAAGAUUUAAUAAAUGACCGUCGAAAUGCAGUAUUCGAUGAGGAGGUUAUAUCAGCAGAGACUCUCAAAGACGUUGUAACGUCUAACUCUGCGAUUGAUGAAUCAGAAGUUUCAUUUCAUUUGAACACUUCAUCUCCUGUGUCUGAUGUUAAGAAGAGGCGAUUUCAAGAAGAUGAAAUUCAUCAAUCACAAACAUCUUCUCCUUUGUCUGUGAAAAAGAGGUGUGUGAGCAAGGAGUCCAUGCUCGACGAGGAAAAGUUGAACGUGGUGCACUCUGCGCCAAAUAAUAAAAUAAACAAACAAAAACUUGAGAAGCAUAAUACAAAAAAGACUGAACGUUUGUGGAGUUUAAUGCAGAAAGAGGAAGAGUUGCUUUCAUUAAAAUUGGAGCACCAAAUUAGAAAACAGAAUUUUGAAAUGGAGCAUUUAAAAAAAAUUUACGAAUUAGAAAUUCGUAAAGCCGAGGCAGAAGCUCAAAUAGCGGAGAUGCGGUUAAGACAGUCAAUGGAGUAAGUAAAAGUAAAUUGUUAUGACUAAUUUCAUGUGCUUCGAAUUUUUAAUUUAUGUUACUUCUUUAAAUACUUCAUGUUAGAAUAUUUUAAUUCAUUUAUUCCAAAGUUAGUAUAAUUAACAGUAUUAAGUAAUUAAGUGUGCAUUUUAUA